AUGCUACUUUCUAAGUCAAUUACACUUCUCUCAAUAUGUGCUUCAGCAUUAGCCGCAUUCAACAAUGAAACUGCUACAUACGCUGCACCAGAAGAUAAAACUACCACUACUUUAGCUCCAGUUACCUCUGUCGAAGCUAAAACUACCACAUGGACUCUAAGUGAUGAUACCACUACUUCUUUUGUCACGUUUACUUUUUACCAAACACACACCCUUUCUGCUCAAACUCCAGCUACAAUCACUGUCGAAAAUAAGGAAGCUACAGUUACCGACGUAGUUAAUUCUUCUGAAGAAACUACUUAUUUAACUUCCACUUUAUAUUCUACCAUUACUCAAGGUUACUCUAAUUCCACAUACCAACCUUCUUCCCCAACUUCAGCUCCAUCCAAUUCUGAUUCAAAUAUCAAGACUGUUUAUGUCACUUUAGAACCUGUCACUAGUUACAUCACAAUUACUGCAGACCCAGUUACGUCAUUUGUGACUAUUACUGCUGAUUCUUCUACCGCUUCUAUACCUUCUAGUCAAGCUCAAUGGUCCAACAAUACCAACACUAACUAA